AUGGGGGAAACAAAAGUAUUGGUGGAAAUGGAAUUGGAUAAGGACUUUCCAAAGCUUAUAGCCCUUGAUGAUAAACAAGGUAACAUCUUUCUAGUUAAAGUUGAAUAUACUUGGAUCCCUUCCACAUGUGAUAGGUGUGGGUGUUUAGGCCACAAAUCAAAAAGAUGCCUUCAGCCUCCUAAGACUCCAGAGGAUAAAACCUUAUCAUCAAAUUCAGUGGCUUCUAGUGUUGAUGUACCCGUGGUGGAUAUUGACAUCAUUCUUCACCAAAAUGAGAGUGCUGUCCCAUCUCCCUCACCGUCUACUCAAAAGGUAGUCACUGAUCAAGAAAGUCUUCCUGCUACUAACUUGGCGUGCGAGGUUCCAAAGAUAUGUAACCAAUUCAGUGCACUGGAUGUACUUCCUGUCAGUUCUGAAUCGGAAGAAACAAUCACUGAAAAAGCUGCUACAAACUCAGGUUUGGGUUUGGCUCAAGAUCAAGAAACACCAUUUGUUGCACCUAAUGUUUCUACGGAAAGCCCAGGAAACAAUGUAGCUGCACACAGUUCUAUCUUAUCCACAAGGAUUCAACAAGGUAUUCAAACUACCCUGCCAAGCUUGAUCACUUCUACACCCAUAUUAGCAGAUUUUCAGUCUGCUCAAGCUGCAACACCUUCUAUGGAAUCUUCUCCAUCAACAAAAAUUACCAACAAUGAGGUUCAAAAAACUUAUGUUGUUGAUCCCUCAACCACAACAUCUGAUGUUAAUGUAUUCGAGAGUCCUUCUCGUUUUUCAGCGCUAGGUGAUGUGGAUGGAGCCGAGAAUGAGUCACUGAGCUCGCUUGGCUUGACAAGGGGUGGGAGAGAGACUAGACCUCCUAUCAAGUUCCAAGAUUUGGAAUGGAAGACAGUACAAGGACGAGGAAAGCAUGGCCGGCGUGGUCGUGGUUCUAAGCACUAG